AUGGCGGGGUUGAUCCACCUUGAGAUUGUGCCCACAACCAAAGCUUUUCGGUACGGACAAUGUGAUCCGCCGCAGGACAAUCGCUAUGGAGCUUAUCCCAAGAUCGAGCAUAUUGCUCGAUCCAAAAUGGCCACUGACAAGAUCACGUUCUUGACCAACUGGCAUGCCACCCCCUACCAUGCGCCCCUCUACCUGGCGCAGAGCAAAGGUUUCUUUGCUGCUGAGGGCAUCAAGGUCGCUCUUCUUGAGCCCAACGACCCCAGCGAUGUCACGGAAAUCAUUGGCUCUGGCAGCGUCAACAUGGGAUUCAAGGCCAUGAUCCACACGCUUGCUGCCAAGGCUCGCAACUUCCCCGUCACCUCGAUUGGCAGCCUCCUCGACGAGCCUUUCACUGGCGUCGUCUACCUCAAGGAGUCUGGCAUCACGACCGACUUCCGCUCGCUCAAGGGCAAGCGCAUCGGCUACGUCGGCGAGUUCGGCAAGAUCCAGAUUGACGAGCUCACCUCGCACUACGGCCUGACCCCCGAAGACUACACGGCCGUCCGCUGCGGCAUGAACGUCUCCAAGGCCAUCAAGAACGGCGAGAUUGACGCCGGCAUCGGCCUCGAGAACGUCCAGAUGGUCGAGCUCGAGGAGUGGCUCGCCAGCCAGGGCCGUCCCAAGUCGGACGUGCAGAUGCUGCGCAUCGACGAGCUCGCCGAGCUCGGCUGCUGCUGCUUCUGCUCCAUCCUCUACAUUGCCAACGACGACUUCCUGGCCGCCAACCCGACCCAGGUGCGCGCGUUCCUGCGCGCCGUCAAGCGCGCCACCGACUUUGUCCUCGACGAGCCGGAAAAGGCCUGGGCCGAGUACGUCGACUUCAAGCCCGUCAUGGGCACCGAGCUCAACCGCAAGAUCUUUGAGCGCAGCUACGCCUACUUCUCGCGCGAUCUGCAGAACGUCAAGCGCGACUGGACAAAGGUCACCAAGUACGGCCAGCGCCUCGGCGUCCUGGCGGCCGACUUUGUUCCCAAUUACACCAACGAGCACCUCGAGUGGGUGCUGGAAGAGGCGUCCGAGGACCCGACCGGCGACCAGAAGCGCAUGGUUGAGCUCCAGUGCGAUGUCGCCUGCAAUGGUGGCUUCCGCCGUCUCCCUCGCACUGCUGCUGCAUAG